AUGGAUCACGGUUCACUCUCAAUGUUGAGCACCACCACACACACCCAAGUGACUCGUCUUUAUCGAGAAAUAGUAGUCAUCCAUACCGUUUCAGGAGAACUGUUUUCAUGGGGAGGGAAGGACGCUGGAAACCACAAUCUGGCCCUUUUCGAGGAGCCAUCCAUGCCCUUUUUCUCCAGUUACCUGAAGGCUCACACUACACCUGGACCCUUGGAGCGCAUGCAAAGUGAGAAUCAAAAAAAGAAGGCAGAUCUCGGAACCAUGCUUGGAGUAUACUUACCCACAAUUCAACAUAUACUAGGUGUUACUAUGUUUAUUCGGUUGUUUUGGGUCGUUGGCAUCGCCGGCCUUGGCCAAACAUUCCUUCUUCUCCUUUUGUGCUGUCUCUGUACUUUCCUCACGUGUAUAUCCAUUUCUGCAGUAGCGACGAAUGGCGUCGUGGAAAGUGGAGGAGCAUACUUUAUGAUAUCGAGAAAUCUUGGCCCCGAGUUCGGCUCAGCUGUUGGCUUACUUUUUUAUCUCGCAAACACUGUGGCCACCUCUAUGUAUCUCGUCGGUGGUGUAGAAAUACUUCUUUUGUACAUAUUUCCUGGUUUAACAAUUGGUGGAUCUGAAGUGCACUCACAUACUGGCACGUUUGGCAUGAUGACCAACAAUCUACGUUUCUACUCCACAAUACUCCUUCUGCUCGAGUUCCUCAUUGUAGCCAUGGGCGUGAAGUUUGUUCAGAUGCUUGCACCGGUAUCCCUUGUUUGUGUGAUUCUUUCGAUUCUGGCCUGCUACGCUGGAGGCAUUGAGAAGACGAUGAAUCCAGACGCCGGUCAGAGGUGA